CAGCAGGCGUGAAGUUUUUCUAUAAUUUUUUCCUUCGACAAAUGCAAAAAUUUAUUUCUUUAAGGAAAUAAUUGAAAAUAUUAUGCUUAAUAAUUAAAGGAAGAACUAUUUGUAAAAGUUUAAUUAAAGUUUGCAAAUUUCCAAAACUAGUAAAGCUAAAAUUAUGGAUAACUAUUGCAAUGAAAUUGGUCAGAAAAUGAGAAGUGCCGUCAAGGCUAAAUUGCUUGAAUUGGGUACGGGUGGCUCAGCGGGUUACAUAGAUGAUGAACUGCCGGAUUAUGUUAUGAUUAUGGUGGCUAAUAAGAGAUCCAAGCAACAAAUGAUAGCCGACCUCAAUUUGUUCUUGGGUACGCAAACAGAGCUCUUUGUCAUAUGGUUGCAUGAAGUAUUGCAAAAAUUACAAGAAGUUACUUUGCCCGCAGCAAGUGUGGCCAAAAAGCGUAAAUCUUCGCAAAAAGAUGAAGCAUCUUCCUCAGCCGUUUCUUCCAAUAAAAAGGAGAAAAAGGUAUCGAAGAAAGAGAAACAUCCUGUUGCAAAAAAAUCAAAGGAUAAUAUUUCAACUACACCCGAAAGAAAUGCGACAAUCAAACCUCCUAGUAGCAUUACCGACAUUUUCGCUGAAGAGCUCUUAGAGAAAGCUAAGCAAAAUUUAGACUUACAAGCCGACGCAAAUUUAAAUAUAAAAAAAACAAAAGGCAGAAAAACUCCUGAAGAUUCUGUGGACAAUUCAUCUAUGGCUGAGCAAACCGGUAAAGUUACCAACGAAUUUGAUAUACCUACUAUAUCUGAAAUAUCGUCUACAACGUGUGGUGGGAAUUCCGCAGUUGCCGGUGGAGCAAAUAAUAAAGAAAGUAAUGCGGGAAACAGCCGCGAAAAGGAUUUAGCAGAAUUAGCUGAGAUACAAAAAAAAAUAUAUGCUGCUAAAAAACAACUGAAACAGUUGGGUGAACUUGAUGAAGAUGAAGACUUUCUUAACCUGCGCGAUGAUGACAGCCGCGAAGCGUUCAAUGAGGCUGGCGAUCUUGUCAGAAAAGACUCGGUUACGCCGCCUGCAACUCAACAAAGCAAAAAGAAAAGUCCAAUUGUUUUUGAUCGUAAUUCAACUGAAAAGCUUGACCAGGAAACUACAGAACCAGGACAUAACGAAGACAACAACGAUGAAAAACAAUCGUCUUCAAAACGUAAACGUUUUACACCACCUCCUCAACUAUCUUCAGCAACCGCUGCUGCUUCUAAUAACACAAAUUCCACGCAAUCUGUCAGGAAUGAAAAACGUCCGGUGCAUGAACGUUUGGGCGUUAAAACCACCACUAUCGCUUCUAACCCCAAAGAACAGCGGUCAUUGCCUUUGGCUCCUAGGGAAAGGCGCAAAAUUUUGCAGGAGAAAGAGCUCUAUGUGCCGGCAUUUAGGCGUAAAGAAAUGGAAAGAGAACGGGAACGGGAAAGAGAACGAAGCCGUGAAUGCGAGCGGGGUGCACGCGAAAGAGGUAGAGAACGUGAGAGACGUAUUGAUAGAAGCCGCGACAGGGAUAGAGACAAUUCGAAGGUUCGCUCGCGGCAAAGUCGUUCAUUAGAGGAACACAUUAAACGACGUUCGAAUUCCGACGUCUCGCGUGCCGAAGAACGUAAUUCCAGUCAAGUCCGUAAAAUAACAACUACGACCCCAGCUAGCGGUGGUCGUGCACGUAGUAGCAGCGCUGAUGCCUCUCCGGAAACUACCACAAAUAGUGCUACUACAACUCAUCGCCGUCGGAUUGGUUCGCGUGUAAUAAUAGCUCCAGUCAAAGCUAUUGAACCAUCGGACGAGGAGGAACUUAACGACAAACCGGUGAAUUCGGUUAUUAAGAUCAAACCACGUCCUCCAAUGUCGCCCAGCAAGCAAGCUCCGAAGAAUCUUCUACUACGAGCAGUGGCUGAGGCUCAACGGUCAACUAUACUAAAUAAACCAGUUGUCACUACUAACGCUGCAACGACUCCAACUAAGUCUAAAGUAAGUCUACGUUUGGGUGAACGAGUUCAAGGAGAACGUAAUACUAAACUGUAUACGAAGUCUUAUCGUGACCGUUUAAAAAACUUAGCUGGUGGUAUGGGUGCUUUGUUUCGUCGUACGACUCAAAACCUAAUAGUAGAGGUAAAUGGCAGUGGCAAUAGCAGUGGCGGUGGUUCCAAACAAAAAUACAAAUUACGUUUGGACAAUGAAAAUGAGGAAUAUAUACCAGAAUCGGUUUCUGACCGUGGUGAAUCUGACCAAGAUUAUGUCUAUGUGCCACAGACAAUACGAACUUCGGAGGAGCAAGAAAUUGAUGAUGUGUAUGAACAUCCGGAACCAGAUUAUGAGGAAGGUGAGGAUGGAGAAGUUAGAAGCUCUGUAGAAAAAACGCAAUUUGUGGUUACUUUAAAUGAGGAUAAAGCACUGCCCAAAUUAAAGCGUCACACUGCCGCUACACGCUACUCACGUUCCUUGUCACCACCGCCUCAAGUGUCUUCGUCCUCAUCAUCGUCACGUGAUCGCGAACCCACUUCAACUUCCAAUUCAAAUCAUGCACGCAAGGCCAGCGUUAAAGAACGUUUAUCCCUUAAAGGGUCUUACUCGAGUUCACAUUCUUCGGCAGAACCCAAGUCUUUAGUCUCUCGUCACGAGGCUACUACACCGCCUUUAAGGCGCACAGAAUUGGUUGAAAUUUAUCGCAAACAUAAAGACAUCCAAAAAAUAAUUAUUAAGAAUGACUCGGAAGACGAUGAUAUGAGCCCUACUAAGAAAUCCACGCCGGAUAAGGAUAAAAAAUUAAAACGCAAACACGAUGAUAUAGAAUACAAAAGUCAUAAGCUCAUCGACGUUGACGGCAAUGAGGAAGAAGAGAAUAAUAAUGACAGCAUGAGAUCAACAACGCCGCCAUUAAAAGAUCAACUCUAUCAAAAGGAAAGAAGUAUUAUUUCUAGUAAUACAAAUGCUACAAGCACUUCGAAUUCACCUCUCAAACGCAAACAUACUCCUAUUAAAUUUGACUUAACCGAGAGUAGACGUGGCGACAAUGACGGUGAAAGAUCUUGCAAUAGUCCUAUAACAGCUAAGAGAAGACGUUCUUCUAGUCGGGAAAAGGAGCAUAACCGAGAACGUGAACGUGAACGCAAUUCUAGGCAAAGUCGAGAAAAAGAUCGGGAUUCUUCGCAUGAGCGAAGAGAAGAAAAACGUAAAAUUUCAAUUCGUAACUCAGAAGCUAAGAAAUAUGACAAUAUACCGUCGUCGUUAAAUUCUGUGUCGGUGGACUCUGGUGCCUAUCGCUCUCUAAAACCGAAAGAACGCUGCAAAUAUCAUCCGAAUUGCACGAAAACUUUCUGUGAAUAUUAUCAUCCUUCCGCACCUUGCAAAAGUUUCCCAAAUUGCAAAUAUGCCGAUAAAUGCAUGUACUCGCAUCCUAAAUGCAAAUACGAUUUGGCUUGCGUCAACUUGGAUUGUAAUUUCUCGCACAGCGGACCGCGCAGAGCCAGUCUUUUAGAAUCUUCAGCACCGCCUCUAUCUUCGCAUGUGGUGCCCGUACAAAAUUACAAGUCUAUAUCGGCUACUACCACUAUGGGUCCAGUCUCAUCAACUACAUGCAAAUAUUUUCCAAAUUGCACAAAGUCCACUUGUCCAUUCUAUCAUCCUAAACCAUGCCGUUACGGUAAAAACUGCAUAAACAAAUUCGAAUGUUUGUUCUCUCAUCAGGAAUUGCCCAGUAGCAGUAAAUUCAAAUGGGUCGCUUCAAUAAAUUGAAGCUGGUGUUUCAAUUAAGUUAAAUUUAGCCCCUGUCUAGGAGGUAAAGCUUGUCAAAACUCGUAACAGUUUUUCGUUUUAAAUUUCAAAAAACAAAAAAAAUAAAAAUAAAUAAAUAAAUGGUAGCGUAUGGUUUUUAACGAAAUAAUUGAAAGAGCGAAAAUACAAAACAAAAAAAAAACACAAAACAAGCAAAAUAAAUUAUUAUAUAUACAUAUAUACAUAUGUAUGUAUAUAAAUUCAACAUUUGAUCAAAGUGUAAUAAAAGUUCUUAAAUAAAGUUUAAUAAACAAAGUAAAUAAUUCUAAUCGUGGAAAAGUAUUACGUAAACUCUCGAUUAAUUAAAUCAAUAUAAAACAAAUGCACAUGUAUGUCUCGCGUCUAUGAAAAUGACAAAAAAAUUGUAGUCAAAAACUUUCAGUUUGCAUAACGAGAGUCAGAGUUAACAUGUAAUACAUUUCUCUAAGAACCUUUUCAUUUUCAUCAAUACAUGUGAAAAAGAAAAAGAGAAAGUAGUGAGAAAAAAAAAACUUAUGAACAAGUUAGGCUCAGUAGACACAUCGAAGCGAGAAAGAAAAAUCAGGAAACUGCUUUUAAAAAUUAAGACAAGCGGUCCGAUUUAAUAGCAAUUGCGAGUUUUGAAAAUUAUUGAUAUAAUGGUAUUCUUUAAGAAAAUAAUAUUGAAAAAAAAAAAAAAAAAUUAUUUAAAUAAAUUGUUCGCUUAAUACUUUGGAAAACCUACAGAAAAUAUUUGCUCUUUUUCUUUGUCCAAGAUCUCUUGAAAGGACAAGCUCUAGAUAAGGUAAUGCUAGUAAAAUUUAAUUGUAUUCAAUUUGAUCGUAACGAACGUAAAGAGAAAGUUCGUUGCAUUCUCUAGUGAACGUAAUUAUAGCAGAACAAAUCGACCAUUUAAUGCUCUGCAUCAUUAAAAAAUAAAUAAAUAAGUUUAUGCGGA